AUGUUCAAAACACUUCUACUUUGGUAUUUAAUCUUACUCUCCGUAUCAGCUGUACCUACCGAAAUCGAAAAGCGAGCUCGUGUUACUCAUAUCGUCGAGGGAACUCUAUACAUACCAGGAACAGGAGCUUGUGGUUUCACAAACACUGUGAAUGAUUUAGUGGUGGCUUUAUACCCAUCUGCCUUCAUUGAUUAUAAGGGAAAGAAUUGUGGUGAAAAGGUGAAAAUCACCAAUAGGCAGAAUGGGGCAGUAGUCAUGGCUAUCAUAGCGGAUGAGUGCCAAACUUGUAGUACAAAUGGUCUGGGGUUAUCCCCAGCAGUAUUUUUCGCAUUACAGGAGGGUAGUCAACAAGUUGGAUCUGGGAGACUUCCAGUUUCAUGGGUUACCUUACCUGGGUAA